CCGCCUCCACCGCCGCGAGCUGGAGCCGCCUCCCCGGCCAGUGGCGUAGCCGAGUCGGCGUCGGGCCGGCGGUACGGAGCGGACGGAGUCCGGCGGGACCGAGCGGGGGGCCAUGGCGAAAGCGGCCCGCGGCGCUGCGCACACCGACUAGAGCCGGCGCCCGUCGCCGGCGCCAUGGACCGAGCGCCGGCCGAGCAGAAUGUCAAGCUUUCCGCUGAAGUAGAGCCAUUUAUCCCUCAGAAGAAGAAUCUGGAAGCCUUUGUGCUCCCUAUGGCUCUCCCAAGUGAUGAUGGAAGUGUUUCUGCUGUCGAGCCAACUCCAGUCCCCAGUUACCUGAUUACCUGUUACCCGUUUGUUCAGGAGAGCCAGCCCAACAGACAAUUUCCUUUAUAUAAUAAUGAUAUACGAUGGCAGCAGCCCAGCCCAAGCCCUACUGGACCCUACCUUGCCUACCCCAUUAUAUCUGCUCAGCCACCUGUUUCCGCAGAGUACACCUAUUACCAGCUGAUGCCGGCCCCCUGUGCCCAAGUUAUGGGCUUCUAUCACCCUUUCCCUGCACCUUACUCCAGCACCUUCCAGGCUGCAAACACUGUCAAUGCCAUAACCGCAGAAUGCACAGAGCGUCCAAAUCAGCUGGGGCAGGCCUUCCCGUUGUCAAGUCAUCGGAGCAGGAAUGGCAAUAGAGGGCCAGUAGUGCCAAAACCACAGCUUUUACAACAACAUAUAAAAAACAAAAGACCACAGGUGAAAAACGUGGCCACUCAAAAAGAAACAAAUGCAGCAGGUCCUGAUAGCCGAUCAAAAAUUGUGCUUCUGGUAGAUGCUUCACAGCAAACUGAUUUCCCGUCAGACAUUGCUAACAAGUCUCUCUCAGAGAGCACAGCCACAAUGCUCUGGAAAGCCAAAGGCCGGAGGAGAAGAGCGUCCCACCCAGCUGCAGAAUCCUCCAGUGAGCAGGGGGCCAGUGAGGCGGACAUUGACAGCGACAGUGGCUACUGCAGCCCCAAGCACCACAACCAGCCUGCGGCAGGGGCCACGAGCCAUUCGGAAUCAUCUGGCUGUACAGGUGGUGUAAACUGGCCCAAAGUAACUUGCCAGGCAACUCAGAAAAGACCUUGGAUGGAAAAAAACCAGGCAUUUUCUAGAGGUGGAAGGCAAACUGAACAAAGAAAUAAUUCACAGGUUGGAUUCAGAUGCCGAGGACACAGUACUUCCUCAGAAAGAAGACAGAAUUUGCAGAAGAGACAAGACAAUAAACACUUAAACUCCACUCACUCUCAUAGAAGUGACCCAAACUCUGAGUCUUUAUAUUUUGAGGAUGAAGAUGGGUUUCAAGAACCAAGUGAGAAUGGAAAUUCUAAAGAUGAGAAUAUUCAACAGAAACUUUCUUCAAAAGUAUUGGAUGACUUGCCUGAAAACUCACCCAUCAAUAUAGUUCAGACUCCAAUUCCCAUCACCACCUCAGUUCCUAAGCGAGCCAAGAGUCAGAAGAAGAAAGCAUUAGCUGCAGCCCUUGCCACAGCACAGGAAUACUCAGAAAUAAGUAUGGAGCAAAAAAAAUUGCAGGAAGCUUUAUCAAAAGCAGCUGGAAAGAAGAAUAAAACUCCUGUGCAGCUAGAUUUAGGGGAUAUGCUAGCUGCUCUGGAGAAGCAACAGCAAGCCAUGAAAGCACGCCAGAUCACCAACACCAGACCACUUGCAUACCCAGUCGUCACUGAAGCUGCUUUUCACAGUAAAGACUCUGCUAACAGAAAGCCUUUAACCAAAAGUCAACCAUGUUUGACCUCCUUUAAUUCUCUGGACAUUACUUCCUCCUCUAAAGCAAAAAAAGGAAAAGAGAAGGAAAUUGCAAAGCUAAAACGACCCACAGCGCUUAAAAAGGUUAUUUUGAAAGAAAGAGAGGAGAAGAAGGGACGUUUGACUGUGGAACACAGUGUUUUGGGAGCUGAGGAGCCGACAGAGAUGCAUUUGGACCUCGCCAAUGACUUACCUCAGGAGUCUGUCUCCCAGGAAGAUACUGGACUGAGCAUGCCCAGUGAUGCUUCACUGUCUCCAGCGAGUCAGAACUCUCCAUACUGUAUGACACCCGUGUCGCAAGGCUCGCCUGCUAGUUCCGGCAUAGGCAGUCCAAUGGCAUCGUCAACAAUAACCAAAAUCCACAGCAAAAGAUUUCGAGAAUACUGUAACCAGGUUCUUUCUAAAGAAAUUGACGAAUGUGUGACCCUCCUCCUGCAAGAGCUGGUCAGUUUCCAGGAGCGCAUCUACCAAAAGGACCCUGUGAGAGCUAAAGCCAGACGGCGGCUGGUCAUGGGGCUGAGGGAGGUCACCAAGCACAUGAAGCUGAACAAGAUCAAGGGUGUCAUCAUCUCCCCAAACUGUGAGAAGAUUCAGUCAAAGGGUGGCCUAGAUGAGGCCCUCUACAAUGUCAUAGCCAUGGCCCGGGAACAGGAGAUUCCUUUUGUGUUUGCCCUCGGAAGGAAAGCUCUGGGGCGCUGCGUGAACAAACUGGUUCCUGUUAGUGUUGUGGGAAUCUUCAACUAUUUUGGUGCUGAGAGCCUGUUUAAUCGAUUAGUGGAGCUCACUGAGGAAGCCAGGAAGGCAUAUAAAGACAUGGUUGCAGCGACAGAGCAGGAGCAGGCGGAGGAAGCACUGAAGAGUGUGAAGACCGGGCCUCACCACAUGGGCCACUCUCGGAACCCCUCUGCAGCAAGUGCCAUUUCUUUCUGCAGUGUGAUCUCUGAACCCAUUUCUGAAGUAAAUGAAAAGGAAUAUGAAACUAAUUGGAGAAGCAUGGUGGAGACGUCAGAUGGCUUGGAAACAUCAGAAAAUGAGAAAAUGGUUCCCUGUAAGUAUGGCCCUUCUGAGAAGCCCCUUGACACCACCCUGGUGGGUAAGCAGCCAGCAGCGGCUGCAGGGAGCUCUCCCUCAGCCCCAAGCCAGGGGAAAAUUACAGGUGACAAGGAUGAACUGAAGCCAGACGACCUGGAGUGGGCCUCUCAGCAGAGCACAGAGACCGGCUCCUUGGACGGCAGCUGCCGAGAUCUUUUGAAUUCCUCUAUCACCAGCACAACCAGCACUCUUGUACCUGGCAUGCUUGAAGAAGAGGAUGAUGAAGAGGAGGAGGAGGAGGAUUAUACUCAUGAACCCACAUCAGAAGAAGUGCAGCUCAAUAGUAGAAUCGAGUCCUGGGUCUCUGAGACCCAGAGGACUAUGGAGACCCUGCAGCUCGGCGAGGCCCUUCCUGGCUGCGAGGAGGAUAGUGCAGAGCAAAGUGGAGAUGAGGCAGCAGAUGCGCCCGAGGGGCUGGAGUCAGGGGGAGAUGGUGAGGCCUGGACUCUUGAGCAGCAGCCUGAGCCCAGCAGCUCUGUGAGCAAAGAACACUGAUUCCAGUUCUCCCCAAAGUAAUAACUCAGGAAGUGGCAGCUGUCUCCAGCUGCAGCCAUUUACCUGAAGCUCCAGCUCAACAUCUUCCACUGUCCAGUUACUCACUGUGUUUUUAAUUCCCAACAGACUUUUUGUAACUCUUAUCUAUUUUGUUAUGAUCUAUCUCUAGCUUUGCUUUUAACUAGUGUCCAAGUCUGUUUCUAAGAAUUGUGUAGGAAAUUCAGACUUUGUUCCAACUUACUUUGUGAUUAAAAAAAAAAAAAAGACUAAAGAAAGAAGACCAAAUUCUAAGGAAAACAAAACAACUAAUGGCUAUUUAAGGGUAUUUUACAAACUAAAGAUCAAGGUUCUAAGGACCAGUGUUUGUUUGCAGAUCCAUCUCCUUCAGGGUAAUCUGUCGGAGUUAUGGAAGCUGCUUUUGAAAAGAGCUGGAGGUAGGUAGCAUCAGGGACUAAAUGGCCGAGGGCAGCAAGGCUGCCCAGUGCUGUGCAUUAAAAAAUGGAUACAGAUUUUGCUUGGUCCACAAUGUUUAUUUCUGAAGUCACUGGUCAUCGUAACUCCUGAAGGUCAGGAUGGACCAAAACAGCCUGCAGGAGUUAGGUGAGCACCAAAGCAUUACCAUGCUGGUGUUAUCUGUGGAAAGGGACAGAAGUAAGAGCAAACAGUCACCAUGGUAGGACUUGCCAGGUUCCGUCUGACACUUGCCUCUUACCUCAGGAAUGCUCUUGUACAUAGUAUGUAAAGUUAGGCAAGCUCUGACAGGUGAACAGUGAGCAAGUUUGUAUCAGCACAGCGCCUCCCGUGGGCACCCAGAAGCAAGGCUGUCCGCUGUGCUCUGCUGCUGAUGUUUGCUUUAGACCCUCUUGGUUUGAGGUGUGGAUCUGUUUGCAUAUUCAAACUCGUCCACAUUGUAAGUCAUUUCAUCUUUCUUUAAAUGUACAUUUCUGCACCUUCCUCAUAGAAGAACCACAGUUACAGGAAGUUGGGGAAAGGAAUUUUGCAGUCUGUGAUGUGUUUGGGGAAGGCUGGGAAGAACCUGUAGAAGAAAAGAGAGAGGUUUUCUGAUUGUGUUGAUCCUUCAGAUGAUUUAUCAUAUACAAAUAUAUGCAGAAAGUAAUUUUAUUCACAAUUAUUUAUCUCUGCCUUUCUCUAGGAAUGUGUGUGUGUGUUUGCAUGGGAGAAUCUCAACUUAGCUGUUUGUUUCUGUCCAGCCACCACCUGGCUGCUAGUGUCCUCAGCAAGUUUCUGUAGGAUGGGAAAGUCAUACAACACCCAUCUCUUGUCUUCCAUCUUCUCCUUCCUUCACCCCCAGCUUCCAGUACACAGAUGGACACAUGAACUUUCCUACCCACAAGCUCCCAGAAGCAGGCAGCAAGGGUUUGCUCUCCUCCCCCUGGUUAUGUGGGGCAGGAUUUUGCCUCCCAGAGGCAGAAGGGACAGCUAGAGAGUCUUUACUGAGAAAAUUGGGACCUACUGUCAUAGUUCCGAGUUUGAUAUUCCUGGCAUUUAAUGCUAGAGAGAGAACGAUUCUUGGCUGAUGUUAUAGUAUUUGUGAAUUGUGAAGAUUUAGGAGCAUUGCUCUAUAAAAAAUGUCAGUCUGUCAACUUCAUUAGUGUGCUAAGAGACAGUAGUUGGCCAUCCAGUGUGAACUGUUGUCCAGUGUAGAUUUUAGGCACCAAUUAUCUGAUAGUUCAUUUAGACGUAAGGAAUGAAGCUGACAUGGCGAGCGUGGAUUUACACGGGCGGAUUCUUACUGUCUGCAUAUUUGGAAGCCUUAACUUGUUUAAAGAAAUGAUAGAGGUUUUGAACGACUGACAGCCUUGAAAGUAGAUUUGAAAACUUUCACUACUUUUCAUGAUACUAUUUCCUGCUUGAUGUCAGUGGUUCAGCUAGCCCUUGAUCUUGAGGUAGUGGCUUUUCAGAGGUUUCUUGUCUUUUAUUCUCUUCUGGACAUGAAUCAUCAUUUUAGAAUUUUGACACUUGUACCAAAAGAGAAGCUGAGGAAAUCUUGAAAACACCAGUAACUUAGUUUUGCUGUAGUUGUCAGAAGCUGAGUGAGUAUCCUCUCGCAGGCAGUGGCUUUUCUGCCACAAGUCCAAGGGACCACAGGCUUUAUGCAGGGAACCGGUCACUUCUGGAGGACGGCCCAGAUUAUCAAAGGAAGCACUACCAUGCUGGGAGUACCCUUAAGUACGCAUCAGUGCUGUCUUAUAGUUUGUUUCCUUUGGGUAAAUUUGGGGGAUAUUUGUGUAUAUUGAGUUCCAGGCCUUCGAGGAGAUAUGAGAAAUAGGAAAGUUUUAUUUUUGGAAGUAGGUAUGAUUCACUCUUUGGAGUCUUAGAAAUAAAUCUAAUGGCAAGAAUAAGAGUUUAUUGGCACAAGAAAUAAAAACUGAUCUUUUUUAUUUUUUUUUAGUGUGUAGAUGUAGUUUAACUGGCAAUAAUUAGUGUUAGGUUUCUAUCAGUACAUGAAUUACAGUAUAAAUUACACUCCCCUGGUCAGACUCCCUCUUGGUAGGCUUGUUGUUAUGAAGAUUACUCCUUAAAGACAGGUGUUCAUAAUAGCUUAAUUUUUUUGUUUUAAUCUUUGUAAAUGAUGUAAUAUAAUUUCUUUUGACUAAAUAUGGAAAAAUAACGUGUGUUAUACAUUGAAAAGUUUUUACAGGCUUUGACUGGAAUCAUUUUUGAAGAGAUGGUAUUUUAUAUGCUUCCAGUGUUUGGAAAAGAAUUAGUCAAAAGGAAUUCAAAUAAUUUAAAUAUUGACAAAUUAAUAUCCAAAUAACAUACUUGUGUGAUUUUUUUUUUUUAAUAAUCUGGGGAAAGUGGGAGGUGGGAAUUACAAUGUGCAAAUAAAGAGCGAUCUUUACAUUCAUUUUCGACUUGACACAAAACUGCUAAAUCGUAACACAUUGUUACUUUAAUAUAUGUAUAAAGUAUUACUGUUUGUAAAGCUGCUGUUUGCUUAAGAAAUUAUCAUGUAAGUAUUUUCUGUACAUUGUGCCAACAGAUUAGAACAUUAAUUUAAUUCGCCGAAGGCUUAUCUUUUUAUUUAAAUUUUUUUUUCCUGUGGAAUAUUUUAUUUGCAGACAUCUUUCCAUCUCCCUUGUUCCUUUCAGCCUUUAUGCCCAUCACAGAUUCUGCAGAAUCUAAACCUGAACCCUGGUUAAUAAUAACAUUUAAACUUUGUUGGCACAUCACACCUUAAAAGUAUUUGUAUUGUUUUGUAAUUUAAUUUCUAAGUAUACCACCUGAAUUUAUAAUUUAAUGUCUUAAUUGUAAUGCUCUAAUAAAAACUAGCAAAAUUAGUGGAUUA